AUCCCAGCCAAGAUCAUAACGGCCCCACAGCACAGCUGGAAGCACAGGAAGUAUGCACUUCCCAACAACAACCCUCCGCAACGGCAUCCAAAUGCCCCUCCUCGGGCUAGGCACCUACCGCCUCACCGACGCCGCCUGCACCAGUGCCGUCCAGGACGCCGUCAAGCUCGGGUACAGGCUUAUUGACACGGCAGCUGUUUACAGGGUAUGUAUAUGCAUAGCGGGAGAGGAGGCGUAGGGACGGACGUAGGGAUGGUCGGGCAGAGGGCAGUCGCGAUAUCCCGCAUUGACUGAAGAUUGGACACAAUUAUGACCUUAUUUCUUUUCACUCACCCGCGUUCAACCAGCAAGAAUGAAGAGGCGAUAGGCAGAGCCGUUGAAACGUUACUGAAGGACGGAAUAGUGACGAGGGAGGAACUAUUUAUCACUACCAAAAUCGCACCGAGAGAUCAGGGCUAUGAUAAAGCCUAUGCCGCCGCACACGCUUGUCUGCAGCGAUUGGGGCCUGCCAUUGGAUACAUAGACCUCCUCCUAAUCCACUGGCCCGGCACUCAAGGCCGCAAAGUGCACGACGAACGCAACGCGACGAACCGACAGGGAUCAUGGCGUGCCCUGCAGCACUUCUACAAAGAGGGACACGUGAAGACUAUCGGUGUUAGUAAUUUCACGGUGGGGCAUUUAGCGGAGUUGGUGGCGGUAAAGGAGGGUGAGGAAGAGCAGGUGGAACUGCCGCAUGUGAAUCAGUUUGAACUACACCCACUCAUCUACCCUUUCCAACGCCCCCUCCUCGACUUCUGCGCCGCCAACGACAUCUUUGUGCAAGCCUAUUCUAGUCUGGGUGAAGGCAACCUCAUCCCUCGCCCACCUCCACAAUCCCUUGACACAUCACCUACAAUAACAACAACAAUCCCAGAAACCCCAACACCGGCAUCAACGGCCUCAAUAACCCACGUACACACCCUCCUCACCACCCUCGCCCACAAUCACACACUCUCACCAACACCCGCCCAAAUCCUCCUUGCGUGGGCCCUGGCCCACUCAUGGGGCGUGAUACCGAAAUCGACGUCAUUGGCACGCAUGCGUGAGAAUCUGGGGGCUGUGGAUGUUGCGUUGAGUGGGGAGGAUGUGCGGGCAUUGGAUGGGGUUGUGGGGGAGGAGGGGGUGGUGAAGUUUUGUUGGGAUCCUACGAGGAUUAGGUAGUGUAUGUAGCG